UCGUCGGAGUGAGUCACUUCGCCCCGCGCGCUUUCACUCGCUUCUUUCCGCGAGCUCGUCGUCCCCUGCCGGUUUUCGCGUCGUUGCGAAAUCCGCUCGUCCCAGAGAGGAGAGGAGAGCGAGUCGUCGACACGGGCGCGCGCGAGAUCGAGCGAUCUCUCACCUUGCCGAGUUUACUGCGUCUUUGCCGGCCCCGCGCGCGUGCGCGUUUCGAGAGAAAAUCGGAAGAAAAAGGCUGAGGCGAGUUCAGGGAAGCCGCCGAUCGGGGGAGUUCCGAUCCCACGAGCGGCGCCUGCACUGCUUGCAGUUGCGCGCGAGACGCCGUCGAGGUGACGUCGCGCUCGAGCGAGGUAACGGUAACGGCUCCUACGAGGGGAUUCUCGGCCACGGGGAUCUCGCGUGUUUACGCCGGAUCUGAUUCGAUCGCCCGGUCAGUUUGGGGAUUGAAACGUUACGAGGCGACGGGACGCGUAGGACUACAGCUGCACCGGUAACAGCGGCGAUAACCUCUUCGGAACAGGCGGCUAAAGGAAGAAGGGAACUCAGCCGGGAGCGCGUCCGCGCGCGCGCACGUAUAUAUACAGGACGAUUCACCGUUCGGUGACUUUGUAGAAGCGGUGAUGCAACUCGCUCCUGGAGAGGAAGGAAAAGUCCGCGAUGACGACGGUGUAACGGCGCGGUUCUAAGUCGAGCUUCACCUUGCUAACUUCAAGCCGCCUCGCCCUCCGCUCCCCACGCUCUCGUCUCGUCCCUAUUGGCGCGUAGUGUGUGCGCGAGCGCGCGCGAUAUACGGAGUACGAACAUACGUAUAUGGUUACGAUGGUGUGAGUGAGAUCGCGCGUGCGGAUCGUUCGCGGUCUCGGCGGCAGCCUGUAGCUUCGUCCGCGGCAAGCAUCUGGUGGUUGGGGUAUUCGCGCGCACCGUAGAAGAAACCGGAGGAAGAGGGAUCCGUUUACCACUCGACGCCGACCGUCCGACUUCCCGGACCGACGAUGCGGCCCCUCGGGAAGUCAUCGUGGCGAUGGGCCAUCAGUGAAGUAGACAUGAGCAUCCUUCUCUUUAAUGGCUUUCUGCUACUGGGCUUUGUCGUGGCCACGGUGCCGGAUGUUCUGGUGCUGGGCUCGCCGGGCCCCACGCAAGUCGUCGACCGGGACCCGUCCGUGAAGAAAUGCCGCUACAACAGGGCCUAUUCGAUGCUGGGGGCGUCCUGCACGAAUCUGGAGUUGCACGAUAUCCCGACGAAUCUGAAGGCGGAUAUACAGGUGCUCGACGCUACCGUGAAUCGAUUGAGGGACUUGACGAACGACAGCCUGGCCUCUUACACGAACUUAGCCUUCAUCUAUCUCAGUGACAAUUUCAUCCAGACUAUCGAGGAAGGGGCCUUCGCCAAACAGCGGUACCUUGAAGUGCUGGAUCUUUCGACAAACGGUUGCGACACUCUACCGAAGAGCCUCUUCCAGCUGCCGUAUCUCCGCACGCUCUACCUCGCUCACAACAAGCUCACCGACUCGAUAUUCAAGGUUGAGGUCACCUCGCCCAUCCAGGUACUUCAGUUGACCAGGAACAGACUCACCAAGAUCCCGCGUAUCGGCCCUCAGGCGACCCUCGUCACUCUCAAUGUGUCCGGCAAUAUGAUCACCUCGGUCGAUACCGAGGACCUGGCGCCGUUCUGCGAGCUCAAGUACCUCGAUCUCUCCCGGAACGCGAUCAAAUUCAACAGCCUCGGCUGCGAGUGUCAGACGUUGAAUGCCUGGGUGAAGUUACGUCAGAUCAAAAUGAAGCCUGAAUUCUUCAACUGCACCGACUCACCGAUCGAGGAUUGCACCGUCGUGCAAUUUAGCAAUCGGACGUACGAGCUGUACAACGAGUGCUCGACCAUCAUACAGCAGAAGGUGGAGACUGAGAAAGCCCGCUCGGUCUGGAUACUGGUAGCCUCGUGCGUCGCGGUGUUCCUCUUCAUCAUCUUCGUGGUGCUGUUCUGCGUGCACAAGCGGAAUCGCAGGCGGCGCAGGAAGCAGAAGGAGCAACAGCAGCUGACGGCGAACAACGCCAACACCGAGCUGCUGAACAGCAAUCUAACGACCGGUAAUUCGUGAAAUAAUCAUCGAGAAACGUCGUACAAUAUAAAAAUUGUGGAAGAUCCUGUGUCGAUGUCGAGAGAGUAAAGCUUUAUGCGAACUGCGAGAGGAUUAAAGUUAAAGAUCGACUUUGAAAAAAGAAAUUAACGAUGUUCAAAAUAUCUGACGACCUGUUGGUAUUUAUUGAGAGUUUAAUCAACGGAUUCAAAGAGAUAAUUUAAUCGGAUAUAUCGACAGAUACGUGCCUAACAGUUUGUAUCUGAUCAUUAAAUACGCAUUCACAUGUUCAAUAAAUGUGAGAUUAUAGCUCGAAUGCUCCUGGCGGCGACUGCCAUUUUCAAAUACAUUUACAAGUUUACAAGUUUUUCAGAAGAACUGUUGAAAUAUAUGUUAGCCUCUUAAAGCGAUAUAAUACAAAAGCGUUACCAUCCAAAAUAUCGAGCGUAAUGGAUACUUAAAUUAUUUAAGACUCCGAAGAGAACCACAUCGAAAGUAAUCAACGGAGAAGAUAACUUCGCGAAGACUAUGCUUACAAGAUAUAAACGCGUUAACUUAUAAAAUGUGUAAAUGUUCUAUAUUGUGUUCACCUAUAUAUAUAUAAAUAAUGGUUACGAUAUAUACAUAUAAGAUCUAUAUGAAUGUGAUGGAUUUUCAAGGACUCUGUGUGUUUUGAACAAGUUAUAUCAUCUCACUAUACUCUUUGCGACGAUAGGAACUACCGAUUUUAAUUUCGGUCGAACGAAUCUCGGAAUCCCGGUCGCGCUCAUUAUCGUGCUUUUGUGGAUGUAAUAGUAAAACGCCAAGGGUACAUUUAUUGCACGAUUUACGGUACUUAAAGAAGAGCUUUCUUUCAGAGGAUAUUGCGACGUCAAAGUGGAUUCUUUUAUCCAAGUGUUAAAGAUACGAUGUUGAUUUUUCUUCCUCUGUCUCUUCUUACUUAUUUCACAAUUUUGUAUGAAGGCAUUCUUAUUUAUUUCUUAUGUAAGCUUAGAAUAAGAUUUUAUGUGUAUUUAUUUAUAAAGCUAUAUAACGUAUAACAUCGUAGUAGCGUAACAAAAUCUGUGCAGUCUUAUUUCUUGAAACCUUCGAGUUUCUUUUCGUUCUAUUUCUCUAAAACAUUUCCAUUAUGUGAAUAUCUAAGUACGUUACUUUAAAUUGUUGUAUACAAUUUAAAGGAUAAAGUUAAGUUUAUAUAUAUAAUAUAUAUAUAUAUAUAUAUAUAUAUAAUAUAUACUAUAUAUAUAUAUUAUAUAUAAAAUGAUGCGGAGAGAGCCGCGCAAUCCAUUUUCAGAAUGUAAAAGAGUAUUACAGAUUUGCAUUAUGGAUGCGAAAUGUCGCCCAGCUUAGUUCCUAAUAUUUAUAUUUCAUACGGGUGCAGAGGAUCAUUUUUUAUUUCACCAUGAUAUCGUAAAGCGAAUAAAAUAACUCGUACCAUUGUACCAUCGAAAUAAUGAUGCAACCCUCAACAUGUCAUGACGCGCGCAUUACGAUAUGUCAAAGAACUUUUAUAUUAAUUUUCACGUUACCUUUUAAUAUGUACGAAGAACCUUUGUAUAUGUAUUGUAUGUACAGAGAAAUAUUAAUAAAACUCUAAUA